ACAUCAUCAAAAAAUUAAAAAAAAAUUAAAAAAAUUAAAAUAUUAAAAGGAGGAGGACUUGAAGAGUGCUGUGCUACCAACCAAAACCAAAAAACCCACCAAGAACCACGAUGUCAGUACUCGACUGGAACGAAACACAAGUCAACCAGUUCUUCAUCUCACUAGGACUCAACCGAUACGAAACAGCAAUCAAGGAACAUGCUCUCACUGGCGAUGUCCUCAUCCAUCUCGACAACGAACUACUCAAGGACAUCGGAAUCCAAUCAGUCGGAAAACGACUGACGAUCCUCAAGGCGAUCUACAAACUCAAGCUAAAGGAAGAUAUCCCGAUCGAGGAUGGCCAUUGGACACCUCCACUAGGCGACCUAGAACACGACCAAUCAGAACCACCAGACACUGCACACUCAGACCCAUCCCCCAUCCUCACCACCCCACCUAACCCCCCUCCACCCCCACCAUCACAACAACCACAACCACAACCACAGCAACAACCACAACCGGUAGCUGUCAAGCCACCAGACUCAAUCAACCAACUCAUCCUACUACGCGACCAACGCAUCAACACCCUCGAAGCUGACGUCCGCUCCAUCAAACAAGAACUACAGUCUCUCUCGGCCCGAUUCCUCUCACUCGCCUCCUCUACCCCCAACUCCCCCUCUCUCCUCGUCGACCCCGUCCCUCGCUCUUCCUCUACGAGGGGCUCAAGACAGGCACAUGAGAGAAGAAUCGAUCUGCCAACUUGAUAUCCAUGACCCCUCCCCUAUCUCCCCCCGCCCCCUCCCAUACCAAUCCUAUCAUACCUUCACAAGAAGAUACCACAAAAUUCUCUCAACCCCCCAUCUCCCGCUCCUU